UAAAAUAAAAUAAGCACUGCUUUGACGGUUCUCAAUCCUCCCCGAAAAAUAGAUAUUAGUGUCUCCUUUAAUUCUCAGCCAUCUCUAUAUUUCACUCUCGCACGCGCAUAACACAUACUUUCUCUCUCUACCAUUUGUUAAAUCUGUCGUCUUAAGGGGACUAGAAGAAAGAAAGAGAAAUGGGGUUGACGUUCACAAAGCUUUUCAGCCGGCUUUUUGCCAAGAAGGAGAUGCGCAUCCUAAUGGUUGGUCUUGAUGCUGCUGGUAAGACUACGAUCCUGUACAAGCUCAAGCUCGGAGAGAUUGUGACUACUAUUCCUACUAUUGGCUUCAAUGUGGAGACUGUUGAGUACAAAAACAUCAGCUUCACUGUUUGGGAUGUUGGUGGUCAAGACAAGAUUCGUCCAUUAUGGAGGCACUAUUUCCAGAACACCCAAGGUCUCAUAUUCGUGGUGGAUAGCAAUGAUAGGGACCGUGUAGUUGAGGCAAGAGAUGAAUUGCAUAGGAUGUUGAAUGAGGAUGAACUGAGAGAUGCAGUGUUACUUGUAUUUGCAAACAAACAAGAUCUUCCAAAUGCAAUGAAUGCUGCUGAAAUAACUGACAAACUGGGCCUACACUCACUCAGGCAACGCCACUGGUACAUCCAGAGCACCUGUGCUACAUCUGGAGAGGGCCUUUAUGAGGGGCUGGAUUGGCUCUCCAACAACAUUGCCAACAAGGCUUAGAGCUUAUGGAGUUGUUCAUGUGAGUUGACGCUGUGCAGCCGUGUUUUUUUUUUUAUCUAGUCUUAUAAUAGAGUUUUGGCGUUGUUUUUAUUUUUUAAUUUUUUACAGUGUCUUGGUUUGCGUUUAGGACCCUUGAAAUGGCUGUUUAACAAACAGUGGUUUGUUUAAUUUUUUUCCAAACAUUUGCUUAGUUUUGAGUGUAAUACCCAGUGAGAAGAACUAGACUGGUUUUGGAUCUUCUCUUUUGCUUGCCCUUGUACCUUUUCAACAUGUAAUCUGCCCAAUCAAAAGGUUACAAUUUUAGUUUAGGUGUUGAAAUGCCGGAAUGUGUGAGCGUGAACUAUAAUAAUUGCUUUACUACA